AGAGAGAGAUGCCGCACAAAUGAGAGGGUGAGUUGCAUAUAUAGAGUGGGUGGGAGGGAGGAUGGGAGAGGGGGUGAACAGAGGCGCAUAUGAGGGGGGGGGGGACUCCAGAUGUGCAGAGAGACUGAAGGGAGACGCACAAACAACCAGCACUACACCCCUCCACACACACACACACACACACACCAGCACCAUUGACAGAGGAAGGCGGGGGUUGGUCUUUCAGAUCGAAGAAACAACAGGAUUUAAUCACCAAUAAUCGAGGGAGGAGAGAAAUCUCACACCCUCAACUAUUUGGGGCAGCGGACGACGGGAGUGGGGGAGGAAACGAAGAGGAGCGGUGACCCGAGGCGGAGAGAAGACGAACAGCUGCUGCCCUCUGACCCGCCACAAUGUCUGCCCGUCUGCACGCGCUGCUGACCCUAUGGCUGACCUUCACGCAGGGCGGUUGCACGCACUCCAACAACCACUGGGGAGACUGGAACGACUCGCAGCUGCAGCCGACCAUUCAGAAGCUGAUGAAAGGCUACAACCGUUACCUCAGGCCCAAUUUCAACGAGGGCCCCGUGGAAAUCGGGAUGAGCCUCGACAUCGCCAGCAUCGACGCCGUCUCUGAAAUCAACAUGGACUACACGGCGACCAUCUUCCUCCGCCAGCGCUGGAGGGACUCGAGGCUCGUGUUCCCUGGCAACGAGAGCGUCAGCGUGGACGGCCGUUUGGUGUCACUGCUGUGGAUCCCCGACACCUUCAUCCCCGACUCCAAGCGCUCCUUCCUGCACGACGUCACGGUGGAAAACCGCCUCAUACGCAUCUUCAGCAACGGCACCGUCCUCUACGCCCUGCGCAUCACGGCUACGAUUGCCUGCAACAUGGACCUGACCAAGUACCCCAUGGACAGGCAGGUGUGCACCCUGCAGCUGGAGAGCUGGGGCUACAACCUGCAGGAUGUGGUGUUCUACUGGACCCGAGGGAAUGAUUCAGUGAAGGGUCUCGACAUUCUGCGGCUGGCACAGUACAGCGUGGAGAGCUACUACACAUCAGUGUCCGAGGCCGUGUACGAGACAGGAAAAUACCCCAAGCUGGUGUUGCAUUUUGCCCUGCGCAGAAACGUGCUGUUCUUCAUCCUGGAGACGUACGUUCCCUCCAUCCUGCUGGUAGUUCUCUCCUGGGUCUCGUUCUGGAUCAGCCAGUCGUCCGUUCCAGCGAGGACCUGCAUCGGAGUAACAACAGUGCUGACGAUGACCACACUGAUGAUGGGGGCCCGCACCUCCCUGCCCAACGCCAACUGCUUCAUCAAGGCCAUCGAUGUGUACUUGGGAAUCUGCUUCACCUUCAUCUUCGGGGCCCUGGUGGAGUACGCCUACGCCCACUUCUACACCGUGAAGCACCACACCAUAGAGGACCUGCACAGGGAGCUUCGGAGGGAGCUCAACGGAUACAACGGGAACGGCUCCAUCCUCAGCUCCACCCAACCGGACCGGUCCGCGGCGACCAGCCCCCCAGCGGAGGAGCCCGUGGAGCGGCAGGCCGACAGCGAGGCCAGGAUCAGGGCCGGGCACCGAGAGCCGGCGUCGGGGUCGGGGAGGGUCGGCGGCCUCCGGGCGGCGACGACGGACGCGUCCCGUCGGGCGGCGUCCGUCUUCGCCGUGGAGAACCCGUACGAAAUCGACCGCCGAGCUCGCACCGUCUUCCCCGCGGCCUUCCUCGUCGUCAACGUCCUCUACUGGCUCUACUAUCUCUUCCUGUGAGCGCCGGCUCCCCCCCCCCCCCCCCGAGCUGCCCGCGUCGCGCCGUGCGCCUCCUGCAGCUGCUUCGGGUCCUACGGGUUUUCGAGACCCGACACCGCCCCCCCCCCCCGCUGCCAGGAUGUAAACUAAUCGUACGAGCCGUUUGUAUCGAAUAAGUAAAAAGCCUCUUUGUGGCGCAGACGGGGGGGGGCACAAAGUGAUGGAAGAGCAGUUGAUCUCUUCUUUGUAACCCACUGUUAUGAAAUGUAUGAUUGAUCAUCUAAGCACGAGAGGCUUCUUACAUUUUCCCAUUAAACUGCCUUUUCCAAGUGA